AUGUUGAAACAAGAGAGUUAUAAUAACAUUAGUUAUAGAGAAAACAACAGAGGGGCACGAUCCUGUGACACAUGCCAGUCAACCAUCUGCACCGUGUACUGCCAUGCUGACUCUGCCUACUUAUGCAAUACCUGUGAUGCUCAAGUUCACUCAGCCAACCGAGUCGCUUCCCGCCAUAAACGUGUCCCGGUCUGCGAGUCAUGUGAGCGUGCCCCUGCUGCUUUUAUGUGUGAAGCAGAUGAUGUGUCUCUAUGCACAGCAUGUGACUCAGAAGUUCACUCCGCAAACUCGCUUUCAAAACGCCAUCAGCGAGUUCCCGUUCUGCCGAUUACUGGAAACUCUUGCAGCUCUUUGGCCACCACUCACCACACAACAAUGACUGAUCCAGAGAAGAGAGAGCUGUUAGUUCAAGAGGAUGCCAAAGAGACGGCUUCAUGGUUGUUCCCUAAAAACAGUGACAAUCACAACAACAACAAUCACAACAACAGCAACGACAACAACAACAACAACAACAAUGAGUUGUUGUAUAGUGAUGACUAUCUAAACCUUGAUGAUUACAACUCAAGUAUGGACUACAAAUUCACCGGCCAAUACAAUCAACAUCAACAUAAGCAAGAUUGCACCGUACCACAGACAAACUACGGAGGAGAUAGAGUUGUUCCACUCCAACUUGAAGAAACAAGAGGAAACCUGCGCCACAAGCAAGAGAACAACACAUAUGUCUCCUCAGGGAGUCACUACAAUUACAACGAUUCCAUAAACCCUAACGGAUACAAUCCAUCAGUGGAAACUGACUUUGUGCCAGAGCCAACAGCACCUGACACAACAGUUUCACACUCAAAAAUGCACAAAGGGAAGACAGAGCAACAACCUGAACCUCUAAUUCAGAUACUCAGUCCAAUGGACAGAGAAGCUAGAGUCCUGAGAUAUAGAGAGAAGAAGAAGAGAAGAAAGUUUGAGAAGACAAUAAGGUAUGCUUCAAGGAAAGCAUAUGCAGAGAGAAGACCAAGGAUCAAUGGACGGUUUGCAAAGAUGAGUGAAACCGAAGUAGAGGACCAAGAAUUCAACUCAAUGUUAAUGUACUAUGACACAGGAUAUGGCAUUGUUCCUUCAUUCUAUGGCCAAAAAUAAUGAUUACUAGAUUGCAAAAGAAAACCUGUAAAAUACUGUUUAGUUUUAGAUUCUGUGAGGUCUGGUGAA